UAAUAGUACUUAAUCCAUUCUCGAUUUCCUGUUUCCUAUGCUAACGUGCACUUUUUCGUGUACUCGUCCUUGAUGCAAGUCCGCUGAAUGGCAGCAAUGUUAGGUUUUAUUGCUGCUAGGAUCAUUACUAGAGACUAACGGUAAUUCGUUUCCGAUGCUGCGGCAAUCUGAUUCCAAGUCUGCUGUUCCCGUUGAUGAUAAUGUCAUAACUUUCACCCCUCGAAACGGAUGGCGGGCCGCGUUGUUUGCAAUCUUCAGUCGUCGAAAUUCCAGCCAAAUUGAUGAUUUGGUUUCGCAUUGGCCGAGCGCCACUAGUCCCGGGUUUAGCCUGUCCCCAAUGCUGGCACAGCAGGUACUUGGCUGUCUCCUCUGGGUCAGUAACCGACUAAAGUCACUUUUACUGAAGAAAGAAAAAGCUGACGAAACUGGGAAGCUUCCACUUCGAAAGGAAAGAAACAGCUGGAGGGUCGGCGCUGGCUCCACAGUCGCGGUUAACAUCAUAUUAGCUAUGUGCCGGCUGACUCAGAACAACUCAGGCGUCGUCCCAGAAUUUUUCUUUGACAAAUAACGGAAGCAGGAUGGGUCCUGCGGAAAGUCUUACCCAGGAUUUACGAAGUGAAGGGCCACCGGUGUUUUCGCCUAAUAACACCUUGAAGGACGGUAAGCGUUACCCGUGGGCUUACGGUAACAAGUGAAGUGUGAAACCAGGUGACCUUUUGUACGGAUUGUACUAAGCAAAAACGCUAUUCCAUAGGUCGUUCCUUGUAAAUCAAGUUUAUCAGCGUACUGGCAGCUCAACAUCAGCUAGCAUCAGCUUAAAAUUAUUAAUAGCGGUAUCAAAAUUACGAUGGGAUUUGUUUAUUCAGUCGUUCAGCUUUGGAAAAAUACAUUGGAAGCUACAACUACUUCACGUUGCCCAUAUAUAGAUAAAAAAUAAUCCCUAUUUUUCCACACAACGAUUUGAUAAUGAUCUGGCGAGUGAGGAUACAAGUACUCAGUCAAUAUAAUCAUGGUAAUUUUUGGGAAAAUUAGUAGAGGAGUUAAGGUAAUUAUCCGUUUCCAAUUGAAAAGGCUCUUUAAAUGCUCUAAAACUACACUACAAAGAAGAAUCGUCAGAUUUCUGUGAGAUCAACUGUAGAUCGAAUCUACAGUUGUACAAAGAAAUAACAAUGACAGCUACCUUUAUGGCUGCCUAUCGAUCGGGUUUAGUUCUUUCUGGCAACGAAACACACGAUGCUGAUUAAAAACGGUGUCAGAUGUACCAUAAAUGUUCUGAAUUUUACGCCGGCUAUCGCGGGUAAGCAUCGUUUCAAAGAUGAGAUAUGUCUUCAUGCAGCCUGGCGUGUUUACGUCCAAUCUCAAACUUAGGUCACGUCAUAUGUUCUUAAGUUUAGUAGGUAAGCACGUUGCCAUUGUGCCUUUACGCGGACGUUUUGUUGCUACUCUAACAACAGUUAUCUGCUUUUUGCUAGGAUAAACGAUAACAACUCGAUUGUGACAAAGUGCAUUAAUUCGAUAAAAUUGAUGCGCUAUUCUAGUAAAGCAAUCUACUAUUGUCAUCUUCACCGUUAAAACCAGAUUACUACUCCGAUAGAAGUUUUUUAGCUUUUCACCAUUCUAUUGCCAUAUAUUAACACUCUUAUUAGACGGUACGUUGAAUAGAGUUGUUUUCUAUUAGCGUUCACUGCACAGUGUCCCAUAGCGUGCGCGACCCAGUUGAACAUCAUCGACCUCUGUUUUUUGCUUACUGCACCUUUUGCGCUGUUUCACAAGCCACGCUAUUUCGUCUGCUUCUUUUUUCUUCGUCGUUAUUCGGCCGAAGUGACCGUGACGAUUCUCUUUGAAGUGUGCAUCUAUACUAAUGUGAGCGUUUGUGUCCUCUCGAUAGCCGUCAGCGACACCAACAAGAGCUUAAUGCACCAUGAGGCUCUGUGCCGCGAUCCACUACUGUAACUCCAUUCACUUUUUUGCUGUCGUAGGGCCACGACCGCCUUACUUACUCCCGUUCACUAAACAAUGCGAAAAAAUAUAACAGCUCCGGAACAAACGCACACAGACAUAUACAAAUAGACACACGGAAAGGUAGGCGCGUCUCUGUGCAACAUAAAAAACAGAAUGGUGUCGUUCCAGCUCCUGCUGUCGUCAUCGCCACCAUUACUGCGAAAGUAUAAAUAAGAGACGGAGAAAAAACGAAGAAGCAAGAUCUUUAGCUAGCUGUUUCAAGCGCUCGUUGUAAUUUUCUGGAACAACGCUAGUGAUGCCAGCGAUAAGGCCAUCUGGCGGUACCGCUGCGUCAUGCGACGCUAGGCGGGAGCUGUCUGAGGCUGUUUUCGCAACGUUCGACGUGCGCCUAGCGGUGUGCUUGCUUUGCGGUAAGAUGUUCCGAAAAUCGACGAAUUGUCAACACGUAUUGUUAUUGUUUUUGUUAGAGGCUCGUUCGUUCUGUCCUGGUGCGUUUCGGACUUCGCGCGGUAUAUUCAAAUACACGGAUAGUGCUAGAUCGGGACAGACGAGCACACAGACCGAUAGACAGACGUAUUAGACGGAGCAAAGAAGAGACAGAGAUGGGCGAGCGGGCCAACGGGAGCCGGGAACCGCUGUUCGGUUAACCCUCUAGGUUAUUGACUCCAUUCCAGAUAAUGGGGCCGCCUGCAAUUCCUGUCUGCUGGAGAUAGCAGCAUCAGCAGCGGCGGCGGCGGCGACUUUUUUCUGCCUUUCUUUCAUUUGUCUCUCUCGUCUUCAUUUUCUCCCAGUUUUCUCAGAAACCUCUCGCAAUCGACGUACCAUUGGAACAGCGCAAUAAGAUAGCUGGAUGUAUAUGCGUAAAAAUUCGCGCGAGCACAGACGGUACAAGGAAUAAUGCAUAUACAAGCACACCUAUACACUUAAGGCUUCGUCGUCCAGUUCAUCGAUUGUUGCGCCAUGUGUGCUCGCUACUAGAUUUGUCCUGAGUUUGGCCGUCGAGGGCCUAUUCGAUCCUCACCGGUGCUGCUGCUGUGGCUGCCGCUGGCCGUCGGUGCCGCUAAUAUGCGUGCAACAGCGGCUCAUCUUACCCCUGUCAUAAUCGUUGCUAUUGGCCUGACCGCCAUAGUCGACGGUCUUGACCAUGUCAAGUUCGGUGCUAGCCGCGUAAUCCAGCCGAACCCUUGCGGUCAUGAGCGAACUGGUGAAGAAGGCGUAUGUAUGUUCGCUUGGGACUGCUUAAAUUUGAACGGUACGCACAUCACGUUCUGCCGAGAUCGUUUCUAUUAUGGAAGCUGCUGCAAACUACCGGACGGCAUUCAGCCACCAAACCGAAUGCCACCGAUGGCGCAUAACCCGCCUUCGAAUCAUCUGGACGCUCCUAUUCGCCGGCCAGCUCCAUUACAUCAGCAAACGACUCUGGACCCAGUCGAAGCUCAAGUUGUUAAACAUACGAUGACAGCACGACCUCCCGUUGUUGAGGUCCAGUUUCCACGCGAUCCAACACCUCGACCAACGAUCCCUCCUGCUGUGCCAACGCUGUUUCCGAUUGUGCCGCCAACAACGCAGCGAAGGCCAAUCGUUGUCAACAAUCAUCACAAAAAACCAGAUUACCCUCUAAAGGGGACAACGAUAUCACCGACGGUUCGGCCGCGGCCGACGGAGGCAGUGACUACGAUGGCCAUUACCGAGGUGCCGACCGGCAAGCCAACAUGGAUCAUCGCUGACGAGGCUGAUAAGCAUGGACACCCCACCUUGGCAACAGCUGAAGCCAUCCUGACCACAGCUGCCUCUCCGGCAACGACAACUCGCCACCCUUCAAAUACUAUACCUACUUCGGAAACAGUGCCAAGCGUAGUUGCGAUGAAAACAACUCUACAGCCGACCGGAAGCGAAAUGACGCCGAGGUCAACGAAAGAAUUUACUCAGCCAACGACAACAUUAACCCCCAUUACAACAAUGCCGCCAACGGAGUUGACAACUUCCGCCGCUAGUUUUCUAACUGAUGUGCCUGCCACGAUGACGACAACGACAACGACAACAAAAGCAACAACAACAACGAUGGUGUCACACGAGGAGAAUUCUAUUGAUGUCACAACGGAAGCGGAAGAAGGCACGACACGCAUCUUUUCAACCCGGUACCCUAUCCGAUUUCCUCCGAAAGAUAAGCCUACGACAACAACCGAACAGCCUGAAAUAGCGACUGAACAAGAGCCUGUGACGGAUCCGAAAGUUGUCGAAGCAGAAGCAAUCAGCACGAGAGAGUCUACCGAUUCUGCGCCCCCUACAACAACCGUCAUUGGCCUUGCCAGCAGUACAGACCAUUUUCCUGCAUCAACAGUGACGUUCACAUUUGAAGCUAGCGCUGACCAGAUCAUAACAUCAGCGGUCGCUUCUACUAAGGGAGAUGUACCAGCAUAUCACACGACGACAACCGCGCCGACUAAUGAAGAGACCACAAUCUUAGCUGGAUCAACAACUACGGCAGCCAAUACAGAAACAACAAUCACAUCUGUUCCAGAGACAAUUUCCCCCGUAGAGCUAACGGUAGCAUCAACCGAAACGCCCGCCUCAUCGAGGAUUCCAACCACUGAAGCCAGUACCUCACCUUGUCCAGAGCCUAUGGACGUUAAAGAGACGACAACAACGUCAAGUCCCGUGCCACUAGCUGAUACUACUACGUUGAUGUCUGAGACGACCACUGAAUACGAUCCGAUUAGAGCGAUCUGUGGACGGCCCAAGUCGUUCGCGUCGGGUCGCAUCGUUGGCGGUGAUCUGACACGGUUCGGUAAAUGGCCCUGGAUGAUCUCCCUACGGCAAUUCAAGAAAAACACGUUUGUGCAUAAGUGUGGUGCCGCUCUUCUAAAUGAAUAUUGGGCGGUAUCAGCAGCCCAUUGCGUACACAACGUCUCGCCGAACGAUAUCUUGUUACGGCUAGGCGAAUAUGAUCUGAGUGGGCAUGAUAAGGAACCUCUAGGUCAUAUCGAACGACGAGUUCAAAUUGUUGCUACGCAUCCGAAGUUUGACGCGCACACUUUUGAAUACGAUUUAGCGCUUAUGCGAUUCUAUGAACCAGUGUCGUUUGCCGAUAAUAUUGUGCCAAUUUGCAUUGCCGAUGGCAAUGAAACGUACGUUGGACAAAGUGCCGUAGUUACUGGCUGGGGACGUCUUUACGAGGAUGGACCACUGCCGUCAAUCCUGCAAAAGGUUCAAGUGCCGAUCAUUACUAACAAGGAGUGCGAAAGAAUGUACAGGAAGGCCGGUUUUAUUGAAGAUAUUCCAGACAUUUUCAUCUGUGCCGGUCUUUCCGCUGGAGGCAAAGACUCGUGUGAAGGCGAUUCCGGGGGCCCGCUUGUACUUCGCGAUGAGGACAGUGGAGCAUGGAAUCUGAUUGGCAUUAUUUCCUGGGGAAUCGGUUGCGCUGUGCCUAAUCAGCCCGGCGUCUACACCAGAAUCACCAGGUUCGCGGACUGGAUGAAGCAGAUUAUCGUUUUCUGAGCAGACACGUUUUUCCACGGAUCGAGUGGUCAAUAAAUAUUUAUCCGGUAGUAACCUUCGCAGCAGGCGAGCAAGCAGACUGCUGAUAGCCAAUCGCGAGUUAUCGCUGAUCAAGCACUGGUGAGUGAUAAAAUGUGGGUUGAGGUCAAUAAGAUGUAGAAGCAGAGUAGUUACUGGUAUAAACUUUUUAGCGCACCAUCAACAGAGGGAUGACACGGUUUGAGACAUCGAACCCAAGACGAAGACUGAAUCCUUGUUCUGAAUAGAAGGACUAGUUGUGUCUGACAAUCCUAGCUACCGGGUAGGCGAGCAUGUCAUCCAUCCAUGCAAACAACUUUCGUCGUGUUAUCGUGUAUAAACAAUUUAAUGUUUACGACUUUAAACUUAAACCGCAACCCGGCGGUGAUCAUCAAUUGAUGGUGCAAGGAAUAUCUGGGGGCCUAUUAAUUCUUACGUCAAAUCUGACGUAUUGUUAUCCUCUAGACACUGCUGCUAUUCAUCAAUCAUGUUACUUCACUAUUUAUCUUCAUCGAACUUCAAACCACUCAUCUAAAAAAAUUCAGCGUUAUUUAUUUUUCACAUAAACACAACAGACCCACACAUACAGAAACGACCUCCAUCAAAACCUGUACAUCAUUUUAUAUCUGGAUUCCCAUUUCAUCACAUUUAAAGACGGACAAACGUAUUUAAUUACUCUAAGUAAUUAAGAAACAUCGAUGACGACGACGACGACGACACUCUUUUGAUGAUUAACGGUCGGGAGGCAUCGAGAAGGCCAACAGAGGAGCCAAACGAGAUUUAUGUCUUUUCUGAAACUGAUGCUUCUUAGCAAGAUCAACACGACUUCGACGCUUUGCUUUUUAUCAACCAUAUUACUAUGACGACGGCGAUAAUGAUGAUGAUGAUGAACCUCUAUUUAUUGUACAAGAACAAUUUAUUAACAUGUAAAUAAAACAGAA